AUGAUCCGGUGGUUCCUUCGUGUGGCAGGAUGCUUCUGCUGCCUGCAGUUAGCCUCUGGCGCGGCCGCAGAGGAUGAUGCCUGCUCAGCGAUGCAAACGCGUCGAGGCGAUCCCAGCAAAGAGCGAAAGAGCCAACCGGUGCAGACAACCAUCAAGGCAGAAGCGCUGGACAGGCUGGUCGCAAGGACGAACAACAGUGAGGCAUUCAGCGAGACCUUCAGCGAGGAGGUAAAUCAAAGUGUAGUUCUCGAUCACGUUCAGAACGUGAAGGACUGGUUCAACAGCCGACCGCCCGAGGUCCAAGUCCUCAUGAAAGCGGUGUGUAUUUCUUUGGCGAUUGCUGCGAGCUUGGGCCUUCUCUGCCUGUGGUGCGGCAUUUUGAGAUUUCACUCGCCAAGCAAGUACAUCUCCUGGAAGUCUCUUGCAGAGAUGGAGGCUGGGGGAGGAUGCCUCUCGAUCCCCCUGAACAUGUUCUUGACCCUGGCGAGUGUACCAGCUAGCAUCAUGCACCUCAAUGCCGAGACACGCCGCUCGAUGGGCGCCAUUCUGGUCUUCUUUGCCAUUUUAUUCGCCAUCAUGUGGAAAGGGGAUUUGAUCCAGCCGGUCAUCAAGGAGCUGGCAUCUUACCUCUACGUCUUUGCGCUGGUCGGCGCAGUUUGCGUCGUUGUCCUGAUCGACCUCUGGCGCCGUGCGCACGCGACCUUCACGGGUACUUUCGCAGGCCUCAGGAGGAUGCAGCAGGAGUUCGCGCACGUGCAGCAGCGCCUGGGCUUACAAGAUCCCGAGGAACAGGAGGCGUACAGCACCAUGACCGUGGUCAGAUGA